CAGGUGCCGCCCCGGCCCGCCUGUUCCGUCGCCUUUGCUGUCGUGCGUGCUGCUCGGCGGAGGGCUGGGCCUGCGCUCUCUCCGCCUUCCUCCCCACCUCCGGCUGCCGGCGACACCGGGUUUUGCAGCCCCGGACCCCGUGCGAUCGUUAGCCUGGUGCACGAUGCCCCCCAAAAAAGGAGGAGAUGGAAUUAAACCACCCCCAAUUAUUGGAAGAUUUGGAACCUCACUGAAAAUUGGUAUUGUUGGAUUGCCAAAUGUUGGGAAGUCCACCUUCUUCAAUGUGUUAACCAAUAGCCAGGCUUCAGCAGAAAACUUUCCUUUCUGCACUAUUGAUCCUAACGAGAGUCGAGUGCCUGUGCCAGAUGAGAGGUUUGACUUCCUUUGCCAGUACCACAAGCCAGCCAGCAAGAUCCCUGCUUUCCUAAACGUGGUGGAUAUUGCUGGCCUUGUGAAAGGAGCUCACAAUGGACAGGGCUUGGGGAAUGCCUUUUUAUCUCACAUUAGUGCCUGUGAUGGGAUUUUUCAUCUAACGCGUGCUUUUGAAGAUGAUGAUAUCACGCACGUGGAAGGAAGUGUAGAUCCCAUCCGAGACAUAGAAAUAAUCCAUGAAGAACUGCAGCUGAAAGAUGAGGAAAUGAUUGGGCCCAUCAUAGACAAACUAGAGAAGGUGGCUGUGAGAGGAGGCGAUAAGAAACUAAAGCCUGAAUAUGAUAUAAUGUGCAAAGUCAAAUCCUGGGUUAUAGAUCAAAAGAAACCUGUUCGCUUCUAUCAUGACUGGAAUGACAAAGAGAUUGAAGUGUUGAAUAAACACUUAUUCUUGACUUCAAAACCAAUGGUCUACUUGGUCAACCUUUCCGAAAAAGACUAUAUAAGAAAGAAAAAUAAAUGGUUGAUAAAAAUUAAAGAGUGGGUGGACAAGUAUGACCCAGGCGCCUUGGUCAUUCCUUUUAGUGGGGCCUUGGAACUCAAGUUGCAAGAAUUGAGUGCUGAGGAGAGACAGAAGUAUCUGGAAGCGAACAUGACACAAAGUGCUUUGCCAAAGAUCAUUAAGGCUGGGUUUGCAGCACUCCAACUAGAAUACUUUUUCACUGCAGGCCCAGAUGAAGUGCGAGCAUGGACCAUCAGGAAAGGAACGAAGGCGCCUCAGGCUGCAGGAAAGAUUCACACAGAUUUUGAAAAGGGAUUCAUUAUGGCUGAAGUAAUGAAAUAUGAAGACUUUAAGGAGGAGGGUUCUGAAAAUGCAGUCAAGGCUGCUGGAAAAUACAGACAACAAGGCAGGAAUUAUAUUGUUGAAGAUGGAGAUAUUAUCUUCUUCAAAUUUAAUACACCUCAGCAACCAAAAAAGAAAUAAAUUUAGUUAUUGCUCAGAUAGACAUAAAACUUCUAAAAUGCAUAUAUUGGGUUUUGGUUGUUUUUUUUUUUUUUUUUUUUAAAGUUUCUGAAAUCUAAAGAGACAAAGUUAGAAAUGGGAAUCUUCUACAAACAAAUUAUUUUUAUUUGUUUUAAAAUUAUAAAAUACUGUGUACCUUCAAUGAAAUGCAAGUUACUAAACGUGAACAGCUUUGCUUUUCACGUGAUUGAGACCCUUCUUCAAACUGUAGAAGCUUUUCAGGAACCAUAUUCCUCUCGUGAUACUUCAUUAAUCUCCAUCAUGUACGCCGAGCCUGACACAUUUGACGGUGAAGACAAUGCGGCUUGCUCCUUUCUGAAUCUAAAGAUAAUGCAUGUUUUACAGUACUCCAGAUGUCUACACUCAAUAAAACACUUGACAAAACCAGCCUUGCUGUGUGUGGGGAUGUCUGUAUUGACUGGCUGUGGUGUGUUGAAUGCGAUAUGGCACCUGCUGGCUGCUGAUUAUAGAAUUUUAAGGCGUGUGUGUGACACAGGAACUGGCAGUGUGGGGCAGCUGCAAUUGUAUCUUAAAAGUGAGUCUUUCAUGGGAAUUAGAAGAAUAAUAUACCAGGGACUGUCUCAAAAAAGUUAAUUAAUUUGUAGAUGGACGUUUAUUGAAAGAUGAUAGUAGUGAUAUUGCAAAGGUUAUAACACAAGUGACUCUGACCAGAAAGAAAAUAAUUUCCUCAAACAUUAGUGAUUUUGUGUGUUGUUAUUGUUCUGACCAAAUGAAUGGCAUCUUUAUUUUCACUUCUCUUUAAAAUUAUUAAAUUGUGAAAACUGA